GAGGAGGAAACACGAAGGAUGGCGGCGCACAAUGAUAGUCUCAGCCUAAGCCUACCGGAUUUUGAAGAAUUCAGUAAACUGGCACUUGAUGAACCAAUAGAUGAUGUAGUCAUGAUAGAAAAGCCAGCGGAUGAAGAAAAAUUGCAUGAAGGGAGUGUUUUUCAAAGUUGGGACGAGGCACUUAAUACAAUCAGUGUAUAUGCAAGACAAUGUGGAUUUAAACUAAGAAAAGGCCGCAUUGAGAAAACUCCUGAUGGAGUUAUACGAAAACGGACAGUACUUUGUGAGCAUAGUGGCGAGUACAAGCCUAGAAACACACUAGUCAAUAAAGCAAGUACGAAGUAUAUUAAGUGUCAAUGGCAUGCAAAUUUGUCGCAACCAAUACAGAAUAAUCCUCAUGGAAACGUUUACGUCACCACUAUAAAAAAUGAACACAACCAUGAACUAUCUUCCUUUCGGAUGGAAUUCUUAGACAAUAGUAGGCCUACACAACAAAUGCUUGAACGGAUAGAAUUUUACAUGAACGAUGUUGGAUUGAAACCAUUACAAGUUCAGAGAGCUCUACAGAAAGAGUUUCCUGAUUGUGAGGUUUACCUUCCUGAAAUUCACAAAGUAAUGGCAAAGUUCCACCACAAAAAACGGACAGAUAUCUCGAACGAUGCUGCAUCUUUAUAUGAAAGCCUAUUAAGAAGAAAGGACAAUGACCCUCGUUGGUAUAUUGCUAUUGACUGGGAUAGAGAAACGCAUUGUCUUCGACGGUUGUUUUGGACCUGA